UCCUUAACUUCGCACUGCCUCAAGGUCCCAACCUUAAAAACGGGGAGAAUAACAGUUAUCGGCUUCAUAGAUAUUACUGUGAUGAUUAAAUGAACUAAUACUGGUAAAGCGCUUGGAAGACUGCCCAGCCACUGAACAGCCUGGGGGAUAUCGUCCAUCCUGGCUUCCAGACCUGGGAGGGGGGUUCUUGAACACAAGUAGACCUGCCUCCCCUGAGUGCCACCUUGUACCACAUUUAGCGAGUGAGUUUGGGGUUGGGACCUUACUGAGACGUGGGGUGCUGGUACUGGUGGGGCAGGUGGGAUGAUGCAGGAGAAGAUGGUUGCUACUCAGACUGUCUUGAUGUUAUACCUCUGGGGUGAUACAUGAAACACUGUACACAGACCUGAUGAGCAGCGGGACUAGGCAUUGCCUCUGGCCAGAGUUUCCUUGCUGUUUCAACCACGCUUAGGCAUGGAGUGUGCAGGCUCACGUCCCGGGCUCCAGCAGCAGCGAGGCUGGCUUCGUGUGGCAGGUGGUGCCAUGGUGACCCCUCCAAGGGUGGGGGUGGUGGGCCCAAGGUGGGCCAUGGAGCACUCCACAUCAAUUAACCUGUUAACGUGGAAAAAAAAGAAGACUGCCCAGCACUGGGAUCGGGCUCCAUGUGCACCAGCCAGUGCCUCGUACAAAGCACCGCCUCUCACUUCGGCCCCGUUCAGCGUGCAAAAGGGUGCUCAGACCCAGAGCCCCCAGGGUGGCCUUCCCUGGAACACGGAGAGGCCGGCAGCCCGCCUCCUCUGGGGAGGGCACCUGAGAGAUGGGCGCAGGUGUGGCAGAGGGCUUUCCUUGGCUUCCCCUUCCUACGGUGUGCGCGUGUCCACAGUGACAUUCUGUGAUGAAAGAUAAACAGGGUCAGAUGGGGAGCCCUAAAGAUGCAGGUGCCUGUCGCCCCUAGCCAGGACAACGACACAGAAGUUCUGGACCAGCCCUGGGAAGCUUUGAAGCGAGGGUCCCCCAGGGACUUGUGCUGCCUGCCAGGCUUAGGAAUUGUUCAUUCAGCAGACGCUGGGGCACGACGCCUGAAACAGCUGCUCAGCUUUGCCUUGGGGGGACUUCUGGGCAACGUGUUUCUCCACCUGCUCCCCGAGGCGUGGGCCUACACGAACAGUGCCAGCUCUGGUGGUGAGGGGCAGAGCUUGCAGCCGCAACAGCAGCUGGGACUGUGGGUCAUUGCUGGCUUCCUGACCUUCCUGGUGUUGGAGAAGUUGUUCUUGGACAGCAAGGGGAAGGAGGAGACCAGCCAGGCCCCCAGCAAAGACCCCGCAGUUGCUGCCGUGCUCAAUGGAGGCCACUAUCUGGCCCAGCCGGCUGCAGAGCCCGGCCUGAGCGCCGUGGUCCGGAACAUCAAAGUCAGCGGCUAUCUCAACCUGCUGGCCAACACCAUAGACAACUUCACCCACGGGCUGGCCGUGGCCGCCAGCUUCCUUGUGAGCAAGAAGAUCGGGCUCCUGACCACCAUGGCCAUCCUCCUGCAUGAGAUCCCCCAUGAGGUGGGCGACUUUGCCAUCUUGCUCCGGGCCGGCUUUGACCGAUGGAGCGCAGCCAAGCUGCAGCUCUCGACGGCACUGGGGGGCCUGCUGGGCGCCUGCUUUGCCAUCUGCGCGCAGUCCCCCAAGGGAGUAGAGGAGACGGUGGCCUGGAUCCUGCCCUUCACCUCAGGCGGCUUUCUCUACAUCGCCCUGGUGAAUGUGCUGCCCGACCUCCUGGAGGAAGACGACCCGUGGCGCUCCCUGCAGCAGGUGCUUCUGCUCUGCACGGGCAUCGUGGUGAUGGUGCUGUUCUCGGUCUUCGUGGAGUGACUGUGCCCGGCGCCCCUCCCCUGCACAGCAAUAAGAGACUCGGAUUCACUCUGUGACCGUGUGUGAGUGUGCAUGUGUGUCAGAGAGCGAGUGCGCCUCCAACCCAAGAGGGUGGGGGGUGUGUGUGUGGUGUGCACAUGUGACCAGAGGUGUGUGCGAGGCCGACACUGUGAUCCCUGAUGCCCGGGCCCGCCCACUGCGGUCUCCUCCCCCUGCCACCCUGUGGUCAUGCACCCCCGGAGUCAGCAGUGAGGCACGGGAGCGCUGGUCCUGAGCAGAGGCCUCUGUGCACGCCGCCAGGAGGAGUGAGCUGCCAAAGGAGCCAGGCAUACAGCGAGCCCCAAAGCUGUUCCCCCCGGGGCCUCGGGGGGGCCCUGGCCUGAGGGGUAAGCCCCUGGGCAUGUGCACCCAGCCCCAAGCAGCCAGGGACCAAGGCUGGGGCACCUUUUCUCGGCCAGCGUCCUGGUCCUUCCUUCACCAGCUCCAAGGCCAAAGAGAGAGGCGGGUGCCUCGCCCCUGGCUCCACUCGGCGCUGACGGUCCUACUGCGCCCAGCGUGGAGCUGGGAGAUGCUUUCUAAGACCUGUUCCCCAUCAGCCCUGGGCUGGCUCCUGUUCCCCCCCUCCGCCGUGACCGCUUCCUGGCAGCACCGGCAGCUCUUGCCACCUCCAGCUGCCAAACGGCAGCCAGCAGGGCAGUGCACGGCCCCGGGCCAGCAUCCUCCCCAUCCGCUCAGGAGCUCCUGCCAGCCCGGGGUCCAGCAGACGCACUGGGGGCAGGAAGACGAGGAACCGUGGCCGCCUGCCCACCACGCGGGCCCCCUUGCCCGGCCCGCCGCUGGUGGGGCUGGGUGGGGGUGGCGAGGGCUCCACGUUGUCAGCGCUCAGGAAUGUGCUCUGGGAGAAUGCUGAAGCCAUAAUCCCCAGCUAUUUCCCUUGGCCGACGCCCAGGUACUCAGCUGGCCCGCUCCACAGCCAGGCUCCAGCCCCGCUGCUCCGCUCGGCCGUGGGCGUUGGGAGGAGUCGCGUCAGGAGGGGCUGAGGAUCUUACAGCAGUUUUGCUGUGGUUUCGUUUAUAUCUGUAAAUGACCUGUUGUAUAGACGAGAUGCAAAUAAAUACACACGAACUGGC